AUGUCUGACGCAGCGCAGUUGAUCAGCUACGGACCUGCUUGCGAUGCCAACACACGUCCACGAGGCGCCGAUACCUCUGGCGUGGAGCGAGUCAAGGUUGGCAACGUCCCCUACGGCCAGCCGAUAUACAACUGCACCAUAAAUGAUGUGGUGGCUCUCACGUUUGAUGACGGGCCGUGGGAGUAUACCGAGUACAUACUCAAUCUACUCAAGCGAUAUGAUGUCAAGGCAACAUUCUUCGUCGUCGGAACCAACCUCGACAAAGGCUUCAUCAACGACCCCAAGAAGCCCUGGCCCGCUCUGCUACGGCGCAUGGUGGACGAGGGCCAUCAGAUUGGCAGUCACACCUGGUCGCACCAGAACCUGACUGAAAUAACCAGGGAUCAGCUACGCAAUCAGAUGCUCUUCAACGAAAUCGCCAUAGCCGACGUGCUGGGCUUCUUCCCGACGUACAUGCGCCCCCCUCACUCGAUGAGCAAUAACGGUAUCAAUGCAUUUCUGGGCGACUUGGGAUACCACAUUACGUACUUCAACCUCAACACGAGGGGUUACGAAAAUGGCACGCCCGAGAAAGUACAGAUGUCCAAGGACUUGUGGGACGAGGGCCUUGAACGGCUCUACCGGCGUGACGGAAGGUCGAUCCUCCAGAUCGAGCACGAUCCUCUGGAGCAGACGGCGUACAGCCUCAUGGAGCACAUUUUGAAAUCGAUUGUCGACAAUAAUCUCACCACUGUCACGGCCGGCGAGUGUUUGGGCGAUCCGCAGGAAAAUUGGUACCGAAGUCUCUAA